AAAUCGCCUGUCCUCUUGUAAUGCCAAUUUGUAUUCAAUGGAUAAGUAGAUACCAGAGCAGCAAACUCUAAGCUUGGAGGGAAGAUGAAAUCUGCGGGACAUUGUUUGAUUGCUUCUAUAACUCCUUUUCAUUCUGUUAUCCGUUUUGGUAGAUUCUCAUCAAACUUGUUCUAUGGAAGUUCAAGCAAACCAAGGACAUUGUGUGCUUAUCAUCAAAACUCCAAGCUCCACUCUGCUUCUCUAAUGGCUGCAGAGCGCUAUCCUCCUCCUUGGUUCAGUGUUGCCCCCAUGAUGGACUGGACGGAUAACCAUUACAGAACUUUGGCCCGUCUUAUCUCAAAAAAGGCAUGGCUCUACACAGAAAUGAUUGCUGCAGAAACAAUUGUCUACCAGACUGGCAAUUUGGAUAGAUUCUUGGCAUAUGGCCCUGAGCAACAUCCUAUAGUGCUUCAAAUCGGAGGAAAUAAAUUGGAGAACUUGGCCAAAGCAACGCAACUGGCAACUCCUUAUGGCUAUGAUGAAAUUAAUCUUAAUUGUGGAUGUCCGAGCCCAAAAGUAGCUGGACAUGGGUGUUUCGGUGUGCGCCUCAUGCUUGAUCCGAAGUUUGUUGCUGAGGCCAUGUCCGUAAUUGCUGCCAAUACAAAUGUUCCUGUGAGCGUCAAAUGCAGAAUUGGAGUUGAUGACCAUGACUCAUACAAUGAACUCUGUGAUUUUAUUUAUGAGGUUUCUUCUCAGUCACCAACUCGGCAUUUUAUUAUACAUUCUCGGAAGGCAUUAUUGAAUGGAAUCAGCCCAGCAGAUAAUCGAAAAAUUCCCCCACUCAAGUAUGAGUACUACUAUGCCCUUUUGCGUGAUUUCCCUGAUCUGCAGUUCACUAUAAAUGGAGGCAUAACUUCUAUUGAGGAGGUUAAUGCAGCAUGUACAGAAGGAGCUCAUGGGGUUAUGGUGGGACGUGCAGCUUAUGGCAAUCCAUGGCAGAUUCUAGGACUUGUUGACAGCGCUGUAUAUGGUGCACCUCUUCGUAGUAUAACACGGCGCCAGGUUCUUGAACAAUACCAGGUCUAUGGGGAUUCAGUCCUUAGAAUAUAUGGGCCUAGGCCAACUGUUCGGGAAGUUGUCAAGCCUUUGCUUGGCCUAUUCCAUGCAGAGCCUAGAAAUGUUGUGUGGAAGCGUGCGGUUGAUGCUGCUUUCCGGCACUGCACGACAAUAAAAUCCCUUUUCGAGGAGACGUUGGGGGAAAUUCCAGACGAAGUCCUUGAUGCUCCCAUUACAGAAGUUCCCUCUGGUAUUACAGAUACAUUCAUUAAGGCGAAGAGUUUGUUACCUCCUCCAUACACAGUUAAUGAAGAAGAAUUACUGUAUGCUUAAAACAUACAUAUUUUUCUUACCUUUGUGUUUGUAUCCACUGAAAUCUAUUCAUUCUUUCAGAAUUAUGUGUUCUAGUUGCCUCAUUUUUUGGGAUGUAAAAGUGAAAUCUUACAAGCUCACUGCUGCUAUGAACAGAAAGCUGGAGCUACUGACAUAUUUUUCUAAAAAAAAUUAUAAUAUAGUCUAUUGUGUAACAAAUUCAACCUAUACUAUACAGACCAAACUUGAAGCCUUGAUAUUAUUAAAUUCUUGGAAAUUCAAUUUA